AUGAGCGACUCACUGGAGAGGACCACCGACUGUCCCUUGUCGCCUCUUAGAGAGGAGUCCAGUCUGAACGAGGAGAAGAGGAGCGCAGCAGUUGCCAGCGAGUUGUACUGGGAGGAUGGAGGUCUACCAGUGGAGCUGCAAAGAGGGCUGAAGACCCUGAGGGUCAACAGAGAGCUGACCGACGUGACCCUGUGUGUUCAGGGACAAGAGUUCCCCUGCCACAGAGCCAUACUUGCUGCAGCCAGUCAGUACUUCAGGGCCAUGUUCUGCAGCGGUCUCAGGGAGAGUUAUGAGGAGCGCGUGGAAAUAAAAGGCUUGGACAGUGGCACGAUGCAGUCUCUCCUGGAGUACACGUACACGAGCCGAGCCGUGCUCACACACUCGAAUGUUCAGAGGAUGCUCGAGGCUGCCAGUCAGUUCCAGUUCCUGCGAGUUGUCGAUGCCUGUACCAGCUUUCUAGGCAAGUCCAUCCAUCUAGAGAGCUGCAUCGAGAUUCUGAACCUGGCUGACAGCCACGCUCUGCCGGGCUUGAGGAUCAGGGCUCAGGACUUCAUCACGUCUCAGUUCUCUCAGGUGGUCCAGCAGCAGGACUUCGUGGAGCUGCCAGCAGAGUCUCUGGAGGUCAUCUUGCAGCGGGAUGACCUGGACGUGAAGUGUGAGGAGUGUGUUUUUGAAGCCCUGAUGCACUGGCUGAGAGCCCGGCAGGAUGAACGCUAUCCGUUACUGACCAGGUUGCUGUCACAUGUGCGACUGCCUCUGUUGGAGCCAGCAUACUUUGUGGAGAAAGUGGAGCCAGAUGAGUUGAUACGUCGCUGCAGUGAGGCCUUUUCUUUACUGCAAGAGGCCCGCAUGUUUCACCUCUCUGGCAGGGAGGUGGUCUCGGAGCGAACGAAACCUCGUGUGCAGCACUUUUUAUCAGAAGUCUUCCUGAUCGUUGGAGGCUGCUCUAAAGACGAACGCUUCAUUUCCACGGUCACAUGUUUGGACCCUCUGAGACGCAGCCGGCUGGAGGUGGCCAGGCUGCCAAUGACAGAAAUGGAGGAUGAAACCCAAAACAAAAAAUGGGUGGAGUUCUCUUGUAUCACUUUCCAGAAUGAAGUCUACAUUUCUGGAGGCAAAGAGACACAGCACGAUGUUUGGAAAUACAACGGCGCUCUCGAUAAAUGGAUUCAAAUUGAGUCUCUGUCAAGUGGACGCUGGAGGCACAAGAUGGCAGUUCAUGGUGGGAAGGUAUAUGCACUGGGAGGAUUUGAUGGAGUUCAGAGACUUGCCAGUGUUGAGGUCUAUGAUCCAUUUCACAAUCGCUGGACACAGGCAACACCUCUUGCUAUGGGAGUCAGCUCAUUUGCAGCAGCAACCUUUGAUAGAUGGAUCUUUGUGAUUGGUGGUGGUCCCAAUGGGAAACUAGCAACAGAUAAAGUUCAGCGCUGGGAACCAGGGACAGACAACUGGGAGCUGCGGGCACCCAUUCCAAUCGAGACCAAAUGCACCAACGCUGUUACAUUCAAGAACUGCAUUUAUAUAGUUGGUGGUGCCAUGCAUGCCAUGUACUGCUACUCCCCUCUGUCCGACUCCUGGUCUCUUGUGACCAAUCUGGGGGAGAGGGCAAGUUGUGCCAUUGCGGCGUGCAACAACAAACUUUUUAUCACCGGGGGAAGGGACAACAAGAACCAAGUCAUCUCCACCGUGAUGUGCUGGGAUGUGGACAGAGGAGCGUUGACAGAGGAGUGUGUUUUACCAAUGGGGGUGUCUCACCAUGGCAGUGUGACCCUCAUGAAGUCCUACACACACAUUCACAGGAUAACCCCCCAGUCAGAGUGCCAAUGA